AUGGCCAUCCACCUAUGCGUGAUCACCCUGGCUUUGGCUGCCCUCCUUGCUGUGGACAGAGAGGUGCCAGUGUCAGCAGGAAAGCUCAUUUUCUCAAGAAUGCCCAUCUGUGAACACAUGACAGAGCCUCCAGAUUGUUCCCAGACACCUAACCUCGUCUGUGGCACUGAUGGGAUCACAUACAACAGUGAAUGUCAUCUCUGCUUGACCCGGAUGUAA